AUGGCCUCAGCCCGGACCUCUCCAAUGGAGCCAUCUAUCGAGCUGUUUGUCAAGGCUGGCAGUGAUGGUGAGAGCAUCGGGAACUGUCCGUUCUCCCAGCGCCUCUUCAUGAUCCUGUGGCUGAAGGGAGUUAUCUUCAACGUCACCACAGUCGACCUCAAAAGGAAACCGGCGGACCUGCAGGACCUGGCCCCGGGGACCAACCCUCCGUUUGUCACAUUUAACGGGGAGGUGAAGGUCGAUGUCAACAAGAUAGAAGAGUUCCUGGAGGAAAAACUCACGCCACCACGGUACCCCAAGUUGGCGACUAAACACCCAGAGUCAAACACUGCAGGUAUAGAUGUGUUCUCCAAGUUCUCUGCCUACAUCAAGAACCCCCGCAAAGAUACCAACGACGGCCUGGAGAAGGCCCUGUUGAAGUCUCUGAGGCGGCUGGAUGAAUUCCUGAGGACCCCCCUGCCGGAAGAGAUCGAUGCGAACAGCACAGAAGACCCUCAGGAGUCCACACGCUGCUUCCUGGAUGGACCUGACCUCACACUGGCAGACUGCAACCUGCUGCCCAAACUACACAUUAUAAAGGUACUACUA